GCGGCGCCAUGGACGACGAGGUGGUGCGCAUCGCCAAGAAGAUGGACAAGAUGGUGCAGAAGAAGAACGCGGCUGGGGCACUUGGCAUGUUGUUGAAGGAGCUUAAGAAUAUUCCCAUGACCCUGGAAUUAUUGCAGUCCACGAGAAUUGGAAUGUCAGUAAAUGCCAUUCGCAAGCAGAGUACAGAUGAAGAAGUGACAUCUUUAGCAAAGUCCCUCAUCAAGUCCUGGAAGAAGUUAUUAGAUGGACCAUCAACUGAUAAAGACAGUGAAGAAAAGAAAAAAGAAACUGCAAUAACGUCACAGAAUAGCCCUGAAGCAAGAGAAGAAAGUAGCUCCAGUGGCAACAUAAGCAGCAGAAAGGAUGAGACGAAUGCUCGAGACUCUUACGUUUCACCCUUUCCUCGGGCACCAAGCACCUCUGAUUCUGUUCGGUUAAAGUGUCGGGAGAUGCUCGCCGCGGCUCUCCGAACAGGAGAUGAAUACAUUGCUAUUGGAGCUGAUGACGACGAAUUAGGAUCUCAGAUUGAGGAAGCUAUAUAUCAAGAAAUAAGGAAUACAGAUAUGAAGUAUAAAAAUAGAGUACGAAGUAGGAUAUCCAAUCUUAAGGAUGCCAAGAACCCAAAUUUAAGGAAAAAUGUAUUGUGUGGGAAUAUUCCUCCUGACUUAUUUGCUAGAAUGACAGCAGAGGAAAUGGCUAGUGAUGAGCUCAAGGAGAUGCGGAAAAACCUGACCAAAGAGGCCAUCAGAGAGCAUCAGAUGGCCAAGACAGGAGGGACGCAAACGGACUUAUUCACCUGUGGCAAGUGUAAGAAGAAGAACUGCACCUACACGCAGGUUCAAACUCGUAGUGCUGAUGAGCCAAUGACUACAUUUGUAGUCUGUAACGAAUGUGGAAAUCGAUGGAAGUUCUGUUGAGUUGGAAGAAUUGGCAAAAUUUCUGGACCAUUAAAAAUGGAUUUUAUAAUUAGCUUUAAAGCUAAGUGAUGCAACUAACUUCCUGCGAAUCAGAUUUUUUAAGUAAUGUACAUCUUUUGGGUUAGUUUUUGUUUUUGACAACACCCUUUCUUAAAUGCCUUUGUAGUGUCAGACCAAUAGAAAACCUGUAUAACUGUAUGGCCUCUGUUUCAGAACAUUCUUUUCCUUUUUUCAUAAGUAAGUUGAUACUAAACUUUUAUCAGUUAAAGUUCGUCCAUUUCUUUUCACCUUCUUUUCCUUCUUGAAGGAAACACCAUAGCAUUUUUUACUAUCUGAGGCAUACAUAGCAGAAAUGUUAUUUUUCUCAGCUAAUACAUAAGUGGAUAAAUGGAAACCAUUUUCCCCAUUUGGCAUGUACCGCAAUAGUGAAGGAUGAGAAGGUAAUGUAAUUUAAAAUUUUAUCAAAUGUGUGCCCCAUUAAUACCAGUUUAUCUAAAUGUAUAUAAUAUUUGACCUAGAAUAUGAUCUUAAUUUUAUGCUCAUAAGUCUGGAUAAGUUAGAUAUUUUGCAUUUGUAACUGUGA